AUGUUGAAGUCGAUCACUUACUGCUUAGUCUUGUUCCUUUCGUGGGAUUCUCUGGGAUCCUUGGCUAAGCACUCUUCUGUGUGUCUUCUGCACGACCAGCCCAACCAAUGUGGAGCAUUCUGCCUGCAGGCGCUGAGGCCGAUGAUCGAUCACAUCGCUUUUCACCAGAAGAAGCUGAAUGAGUCCCAAACGAAGCUGGACAGGAUGGAGGGUCAGCUAUCUGAUCUGAAAAACUCAUUGGAUCAGAAGGAGGCUUCCUGCGAAAAUGCCAUCUCUCAUAAUUUGCAGACAAAACUGGAGGCGAUUGAAAGGCAACUGUCAGCGAUGCAGGAAUUACUAUCCAAAGCGAACAAGAAAUCCAUAAAUACGCAUCCGUACAAUCGGAUUGGCUCGAGAUUGAUUUACGUUGAAAACGAAAAUUAUCGAAAUUGGGAGCAAGCUGAAGCGUUCUGCCGUGGAAUAAACGGUCACCUGAUCACAAUCCAGAACAACUCUGAGCUGAGCGCUUUGGAUGAAAAGCUGGAGAGAAACACUGGCUACUGGCUGGGGAUCACUGACGUGGCCAAGAAGGGCGAGUUUGUGUCCGUGGCUUCCGGCAAGCCAGCUCCCUUUUUUGAUUGGGCAUUCCCCCAACCCAAUGCCUUUGGAAACGUAUAUGACUGCGUGACUCUCUACAGCGGCAAAAUGUUCAACCUUAGUUGCAGCAAAGUUCUCCAUUUCAUUUGCGAGGCGACUUUUGAUUAG